CUAGCAUUGGCUCAGGCAGACCUCGCUCGCCGGAAUGCCACGGUCGAAGAGGUCGAGGCGAGAGGCAUCCGCCCCAAUCUCGACGAGAUCCUCGCCUCUAUUAGACACCGCGCUUCUCAGUUCCUAGAGAGAGGAGAGUCGUCUAGUAGCAUUACGCCUCGCAAGAUCUUCGGACCACGAGAAGCCCAGUUCAACGCUGAAGACGGCAGCCGUGGCAGAACUAGCGCCUAUGACGGUGGUGGUGAUGAUGAGAUCAAGUUGGAACCCAUCUGGCACGAGUUCAUCCACGAAGCCAACUUAGAGAGCGCCGACCGUCGUCUGCUGCAGCGUUACCACGGCCUCUACUAUGCUCGGCUCUCAAAGAUGAAACAGGCCGCAGAGAAGUGGCGUUCCCUUUCGAGAUCCCCAGCAAAGCCGGUCAACAUGUUUGACCUGAUCGGCUCCCUGAGCACGUCGACGUACCUGUUGGAGGAAGUCUGCACGUACCUCUAUCCGACCGACAUCUUGCGCCUCUACAGCAUCAGUCGCGAUUUCCACUAUACUCUCAGUGGUCACAUGAGUAGCUGUGUUAAAACGUGGGCCAGGCGCAUGGCACCUAAUGCAUUUAUCCUCCUCUCUAGCCCUGUCUACAAUCAUUACCAUGUCGACGACCCGGCCGGUAACCUAAAAGCCCCUGAGUACUACGACAUGACAUACCUGAGUAACCCGGAAAUGGAAGCACCUGUCAUCGCCGACAAGGAGCUCCGCAAGAUCCCCGGCCUCGGGUGGCUGCAGAUGGUUGUCAACCGCGAGAUCCGCGUCCGUGAUAUUCUGGCUACGCUGGCGCGCAUGGGACACCGCAUGCCUAAGGACUUUAACAAAACUCUGCUAAAGCUAUGGCUGAUCAUGGACGUGGCAACGACGACCGGACGCAAGGAGGUGCUCGCGAACAAGGAGUUCUUCACCGACCUAGACCUGUACUUGACGCAGCAAUUCUUCAUCAAGCUGCACCUCUGCUUCAACAGCCCCGUCUACGGACCCGAGUCGCCCAUUUUGAUGAAUGUCAUGAUGGGCCAAAAGGGUCUCUCGCCGCUUUGGGCAUUACUUCGGCGGAAGAAGUAUACGACCGUCCUUGAGGCCCACCAGCUCAAGGUUCGCUACGACGUCAUCGCCAGCCCGGCCGAGAUUGCAACAUGCAUAUGCCCGUAUGGUGUGCCCUUUCUCGAAAUGGGCAUCUUGCGUUAUGAGGGCUGGGGUGCCGGAGCGGGCUACUUAGUCCGGCUAGAUGAGGCCAUCCCCAUGGAGGCGGUGCGGCGCAACAUCGAUCUCGACAACUGUAUCGACGACAUGAUAAUCUACGGCCACGUCGACAUACCUUCCGGCCGCCGUCUUGUUCCCACCCUUGAUGAGAUGUACAUGAGCGACGAAGAGGAACUGUCUUCGCCCCUCAAUGUGGUUCCACCAUUGCCAUAUGACGCCGUCAUCGGAGGCUGCGGCAACGAAUCGGAUUGCGGCGAUGAUGAGAUGGAGGACGAAGAGGACGAAGAGGACGAGGAGGACGAGGAGGACGAGGAGGACGAGGAGGACGAGGAGGACGAGGAGGACGAGGAGGACGAGGAGGACGAGGAGGACGAGGAGGACAAAGAGGACGAGGAGGAUGAA